AUGCCUACUACACACAAAGCAAAAACUUCUUUUAAAUGCAUCAAUUCAACACUUAGCAGCUCCUGGGUUUCGCUAGAUAGCAGCAGCAGCAGCAGCAGCAGCAGCAGCAGCAGCAAACCGUAUCCGCCCUCAGCAGCAGCUGCUACUGCUGCUGCAGCGCGUACUGCCAGGGUGAAGCCUGCAGCAGGAAAUAUUUCUCGGGGUUUUGCUGCUUCAAAAUUAGCACUUGAGCAACUCAACAACAGCGCAGCAGCAGCAGCAGCAGCAAUUAGCAUCUGCCACGGAAGACUGCAGCAGCUAUCCAGAACUGCUGCAACAUUUGUUGCAGCUGUUGCCCCAGCAGCAGCAACAGCAGCAGCCGCAGCUGCCUACGUGGUAGCAGCAACAACUGCUGCGACCGCAGCAACGAUAGCAGCAGCAGCAGUAGUAGCAGCAGCAGCAACGGCGGCAGCAGCAGCAGCAAUUCAGUUGGAAGCUCUCUGCAGCAGCAGCUGCUCUUUGGAUACUUCUUCCAUUGCAGCAGCAGCAGCAGCUGCAGCGUCUGCUGCAGCUGCAGCUACCUGGCCUGUGCGGUGCAGCAGCGGGGAGACAGAGCUGCAGCAAAGAAGCAGCAGCAGCAGCAGUUGCAGCAGCAGCAGCGGCAGCAACGAGGCUCUGCUGCAGAAGCAGCACGAGAUCUACUGCGAGGACGCGGCAGCCCUCCGCAGCAGCAGCAGCAGCAACAGCAGCAGCAGCAGCAGCAGCAGCUUGGAGCUGCAGCAAGAGUCUUUCUUAGCAGCAAAUGCAGCAGCAAUGGAUGCUAACAGCGGCGACUACACCACUUGGCGUUACACUCCUGCCUUUGAGCGUCAGCCUUCGAACGAGAGUUUAGUUCGGUUUCUUCUGGGGUGUUUGAAGGCAGCAGCAGCAGCAGCACAGCAGCAGCAGCAGCAGCAGCAGCAGCAGCAGCAGCAGCAGCAGCCCGACGAGCUGCAGGAAGCAGCAGAAGUGCUGCUGGCAGCAGCAGCAGCAGCAGCAACAGCAGAAGGCGCGCAGCGGCUGGGGCUUGAAGUGGGGGUGGCUGUGGAUGAGCUGCAGCGCAACUUUGCUGCUGCUAAAGAGAAGUGCGCACUUUUGAAGGCAGCAGAUCCGAUUCGCCGCUUUUACUGGUCUUGGAAAGCCCUCAGCAACGCCAGAAGAAGCCUGUCUAUACAGCUCGUGCAGUAG